AUCAUGAGAUGCAUAGAGGAAGAAAGACAAGCACUCUUCAAAUUCAAACAAGGCCUUGAAGAUAAUUUCAGUAUGCUGUCUUCUUGGGGCAGUGAUGAGGAAGAUUGUUGCAAAUGGGAAGCAAUUAAAUGCAGCAACCAAACAGGUCAUGUUGAAGCGCUUGAUCUAAGCGGUAAAUAUUUAUCAGGUGAGAUAAGGUCUUCAUUACUUGGAUUGCAACAUUUGACUUACCUCGACUUAAGUUACAAUCAUUUCUCCAUCCUCCCAAAGCUCAUUGGUUCACUCACUAAAUUACAGUAUCUCAAUCUUUCCGACAACAAUUUUUUUGGAACCAUUCCACCGCAGUUUGGAAAUCUCACAAAUUUGAUUUCUCUUGAUAUCAGCGGCUAUGUUAUGCUGAGUGUGGACCAUGGGCCGACAAAGGUCCUUUUUCUGACUGAGGACUAUAAUCUUGACUGGCUCUUUCAUCUCUCCUCUUUAAGACACUUAGAUAUGAGCGGUGUGAACCUUAGCAAGGUAGUGAAUUGGCCGGAUAAGGUUAAUAUGCUCCCUUCUUUGUUACAAGACUUACGUCUAAGUCAUUGUCAGCUCUCCAUGCCUGUUCCUCCUACACUUAUCAAUCCUAAUUGUUCUUCGCCACUUUCAUUCCUUGAUCUCUCUGCCAAUCAAUUCAACUCCUCAAUAUUCCCUUGGUUGUUCAAAUAUUACAAUCGCCUUGUUCAUCUUGACCUCCAUUUUACCAAAAUAGAAGGUCUUAUUCCAAAAGCUCUUGGGAAAAUGGUGGCUCUAGUUCAUCUUGACCUCUCUUACAACAAGCUUGAAGGGGUGAUACCGAAUCUUUCAAAAUUAUCUUUGUUGAGAGAGUUGCAUCUGUCCAAUAAUCAAUUAAAUGGGAGUUUAGACAAUGUUCUAGGAAAACUUUCCAAGCUUCAAGUUUUGGAUUUGUCCUUAAAUUCUUUGAAAGGCGUCAUCACUGAAACACAUUUGUCGAAUCUUUCCAACUUAAACCAAUUGGACUUGUCCUAUAAUUAUGAUCUAUCUUUGAAGUUUAGUCCAGACUGGAUUCCACCAUUUCAUUUGGAUUACAUAGGAUUGAGAUCUUGCAAAUUGGGGCCAACUUUUCCUCAAUGGAUUCAAACACAAAAGAAUUUUUCAUCGCUUGAUAUAUCUGAUGCAAGAAUUUCAGACACCAUCCCCAAUUGGUUUUGGGAUCUUUCUUUCAAUAUAAAGUACUUAAAUAUCUCAGCCAACCAAAUCACUGGUACCAUACCUUUUGAAUGGUUUUCGACAAGAUUUCAAAGUUCUUAUGCAAUAGAUUUGAGUGAUAACCGCUUCAGCUGUCCACUGCCACAACUUAACUCUAAUUCAUGGGUGUUGAAUCUCUCUAAUAAUUUGUUCCAAGGAACUGUGACAUUCAUAUGUGAGUCCGAUGGAUCCUUGGAAUUCCUUGAUCUUUCGAAUAACUUAUUAUCUGGAGAGCUCCCCAAGUGUUGGCCAAAGGUGGGGCCAGCAUUCCUUAAUUUGGCAAACAAUAAUCUCUCUGGGAGAAUUCCUGAAUCCCUUGGAAAAAAUUGUUUGAACUAUAGUCAUUUUGCAUCAUUGCAUUUCCAAAACAACAGUUUCAUUGGAGAAUUACCUGUGUCAUUGAUGAACUGCUCUUCACUGAGUGUAAUAGAUUUUGGAGAAAACAAACUAUCUGGGAGGAUACCAACAUGGAUCGGCACAAGCUUACCGCAAUUGAUGAUUCUUCGCCUGCCAUCAAAUGAGUUUGUUGGUAGCAUACCCUUACAGUUAUGUCAACUAACAUCUCUUCAAAUCUUGGACAUCUCUCACAAUAGUAUUUCAGGGACUAUUCCUCGGUGCAUCAAUAAUUUCGCUGGCAUGACUCAAAAACAGAAUUUAAAAAUAAGUCGUCUUGAUUUUGGAACUACCACAGCCGAGGGUUCUAUGCGUAUUUAUUGGCAAUACAAUGAAAAAGCAUGGGUGAAUACAAAAGGAAUGCCUCUCGAGUAUAAAAAAAUUCUUGACUCAGUAAAAGUUAUUGAUCUUUCAAGUAAUAGAUUGGAAGGAGAAAUUCCAAGAGAAGUAACAAGUCUCUUGGAAUUGAUUGGGCUGAACCUAUCUAGAAACUUAUUGACUGGCGUCAUCCCUCAGAAUAUUGGUGACCUGAAAAGCUUGGAGUCUCUGGACUUGUCAAGCAAUCACCUUUCAUAUGUAAUUCCUCAAAGCCUCGCUACUUUGAGCUUUUUGAGCUAUUUGAAUUUGUCAAACAACAACUUGUCAGGUAGAGUUCCAACAGGCACCCAGCUCCAGAGCUUCACUGCUUCUUCAUAUGCAGGUAACUUAGAUCUUUGUGGCUUGCCUCUGAACAGGUGUCUCGAAGAUAACAUGGCUCAAGGUCCUCAAAUUGGAAGCACACAUGAAGAUGGCAAUAUUGAAGAACAUGAAAACUCCCAUGAACACCUAUGGUUUUAUAUGAGCAUUGCAAUUGGAUUUAUUGUUGGAUUUUGGGGGGUUUGUGGAUCGUUAAUCCUAAAGAUUACUUGGAGGCAUGCAUAUUUUCAGUUUUUAGACAGAAUGGGAGACAGGCUCUUUGUUACAAUAGUUGUCAACAUGGCCAAGCUGUUGCGGAACUUCAAGACUCAGUGCUACCAAGAAAAUGUUUAGCAGAGGACCAAGAGGCCACAUCAGCCUAAUCCAAGAUGCAUGGUCAUUGCAGGAGAGGAUAAGCAAGAAUCAAAGUAAGCAAGAGAGGCUGAGAAAUGCAGAGGGAGUUUGCCUGACUUCUUGUUGUAUUUUGGGAGACC